ACUGCUGAUGUUCCAUUGAAAUGAGGAUGUGGUCUUAGUUUCCUGUCCUGCUCCUUGUUAUGUCUCUAACAGCUAAAAUGUCCUCCUUGGAGCACGUGAAGCAAAGUUUAGAGCGUGCAGGACAGGAUCACGUCCUUCGGUUCUGGCCGGAGCUAAGUGAAGAGGACAGGGACGUUUUUCUGCAGGAACUGGUUAAACUGGACCUGAAGGGGCUGAAGGAUCACUGUACAAGAGCCGCGAAGGCUGCAGCUUCCACGCCCAGAAUCCUGGACGUGGACAUGGAUCCAGUCCCUCCGGAGUUCAUGGGCAGCGUCAGGAAGAGUGACAGAAAGUCUCUGACAGAGUGGGAAGAUGAAGGCCUGUUACACAUCUCCAGGAAUCGUGUUGGAGCCCUGCUCUUGGCUGGUGGUCAGGGAACCCGUCUUGGUGUUCAGUAUCCCAAAGGGAUGUAUAAGGUCGGCCUUCCGAGUGGAAAAACCUUAUACCAGAUCCAAGCAGAGCGCCUUCACAAAAUCCGGGAGCUGGCAGACGGCAAGCACGGCUCUAAAUGCACUGUUCCAUGGUACAUCAUGACCAGUGAGUUCACGCUUGCUCCUACAGAGAAGUUCUUUGAGGAGAACAACUAUUUCGGUCUGGAACCAUCAGACAUCAUCAUGUUUGAGCAGAGGAUGAUCCCAGCAGUGACCUUUGAUGGGAAGGUCAUCCUGCAGGGGAAAGGAAAGAUAGCCAUGGCCCCUGAUGGUAACGGAGGUCUGUACCAGGCUCUGGUGGACAAUAACAUACUGGAGGACAUGAAGAAGAGGGGAGUGGAAUACCUGCAUGUGUACUGUGUGGACAACAUCCUGGUCAAAAUGGCUGACCCUGUUUUUAUAGGUUUCUGUGUGACCAAAGGGGCCGACUGCGGGGCCAAGGUGGUAGAGAAGUCCCAUCCUGCAGAGCCGGUAGGGGUGGUGUGCAGAGUUCAGGGGGUCCCCCAGGUGGUGGAGUACAGCGAGAUCCGACUGGAGAUGGCUGAACUUCGCGGACCUGGGCGGGAGUUGGUCUACAGUGCUGGAAACAUCUGCAACCAUUUCUUCACCAGGACCUUCCUCCAAGAUGUGUCAGAGAAGUUUCAGGGCCAGCUGAAACAACAUGUCGCCAUCAAGAAGGUGCCAUUUGUGGACACAUGUGGCAGCGAAGUGAAACCCAGUAAACCUAAUGGCAUAAAAAUGGAGAAGUUUGUAUUUGAUGCCUUCCCGUUCUCCAGGAACUUUGUUGUGUUUGAGGUUAUAAGGGAAGAUGAGUUUUCCCCCCUGAAAAAUGCUGAAGGGGCAUCCACUGACACUCCAACCUCCGCCAGAAAUUCUCUGUUUGCUCUACAUGGCCGCUGGGCCACAUCUGUUGGAGCCAUGCUGCUGGAUCACCAUGGCAACAACAUCCCUCCUACAGCCAGCAGUGAGUCAGCAGGUGACUGUCCUCCAGCACAAUGUGAGAUUUCACCCCUGGUGUCGUAUUUUGGGGAGGGCCUGGAGCAGCUCCUAAAAGGAAAAAAGUUAGUAACUCCCUUCAUCCUGGAUAAAAAAAUGGCUGAAAAGCUGCAAGCUCAGCAGCAUUCCUGAGUAAAAGGGUUCAGAUGGACGUAACAAUGAAAUCACAUCUGACUGAUUUUGACUAGUUUUACUACAAUCUGAUGUAAUGGGCUGACAACAAAUAUGGGAGCAGAGAAGAUUUAUGACGUUAAAAAUACUUUUUUUAUCCCCAGAAGGAAUGAUGGGCAUUAUUAUGGGCAUUCAUGUCAAAUUCAUGUUAAAUUCCUUUGAUUUACCAAAAAAUAAAAAUUAUAAUAAAAAUGUAA